AUGGCGCCAUUGAUGUCGGUCGUUUCUUUCUUAGCAUCUUUACUUUUGACACCUUUUCUUAUGUUUUUACUUGCCAUAAUAUUUCUCGCCUCCAUUGGAAAAUCUCUUGGUGUCCGUAAAGUUUACGUGAAAUUGCUUUUAACACUUUUUGAGUUUGGAAGACAAAACAUUGAGAUAGAAAGGAAGAGGAAUGGUACUUGGCAUAUCGAGGAAGAUGACAGUGAGGACGAAGGUGGAGGGACACCGACAUCGCAAAAUAAUCACAAUUCUUGUGAUAGUAAGCAAAAAAGUGAGAAGACGAAGAAUGGAGUUGUAGGAAGUUCCGUGAUUGCCAGGAAUAAGGAUUUAAUUUUGGUACCAGAACCGGAAAUUCAAAGUCAAAAGGAACAAAUCGAGAAUCAAGAGCGCAAUAAAACGGACGAACAACAUUUAAAUCCCGACGACAAUAAAGAGGUAACGCUAACAAGUCCAAAGUCUUUUGACACACUGAAAAGAGAAUUUGAACCAGCGAGUUGUCUCGAUUAUAUCAGAGCAGGAGUAGAGGCCAUUAUCGAGGACGGAGUGACGUCGAGAUUCGAAGCCGAGGAACUAAAGAGUUGGAAUCUUUUGACAAGGACGAAUAGACGUUACGAGUUUAUAUCAUGGAAACUUACAGUUAUUUGGAUGUUUGGAUUUGUUAUGAGAUAUUGUUUUCUCCUUCCUUUGAGGAUAUUCAUCUGCUUUAUCGGGGUAAUGUGGCUGACGGUUUGUACCGCGGUGGUAGGAUAUGUUCCUGACGGAAGAUUUAAACGUUGGUUGAUCUACAGAGUUUCGAUAAUGUGCUUUGCUGUCCUGUCUAGCGCCCUGUCGUCAGUAAUCAACUAUCAUAAUCCUGAGAAUCGACCAGUGAGAGGCAUUUGUGUUGCUAAUCACACAUCACCCAUUGAUGUACUCGUUCUAAUGUGUGACAAUUGUUAUUCGCUGAUAGGACAAAGGCAUGGUGGCUUUCUUGGUAUUUUGCAACGAGCAUUGGCACGAGCGUCUCCUCAUAUUUGGUUUGAACGUUCGGAAGUAAAAGACCGAGAAGCGGUAACGAGGAGAUUAAAGAAGCACGUGUCUGAUCCAACGAAUCCACCGAUACUUAUUUUUCCUGAAGGGACUUGUAUCAACAAUACUUCGGUAAUGCAGUUUAAAAAGGGGAGUUUUGAAGUUGGUGGCGUUAUUUAUCCAGUAGCCAUUAAGUAUGAUCCAAGAUUUGGAGACGCUUUUUGGAAUAGCAGUCGUUAUUCAAUGAUACAGUAUCUUUACAUGAUGAUGUCAAGCUGGGCAAUAGUCUGCGACGUUUGGUAUCUUCCUCCAAUGUACAGAAACGAGGACGAAAGUUCUAUUGAUUUUGCAAAUAGAGUGAAAUCCGUAAUUGCCAGACAAGGCGGCCUCGUUGAUCUCCAAUGGGACGGCCAGUUGAAAAGAAUGAAACCAAAGAAAGAAUGGAGGGAGAAACAACAGGAGGAAUUUAGCAAGAGAUUAAAGGUAGAAUAAGUAAAUUAACCGAACCUCUAGUCCAAAUCUCAUCACUUCACGAAACUCAGUAAACUUUUGCGUUUUAUUUUGCUUUUACAUAAUUUAUUACUAUCACAAUUGCGUCGUUUGUACAAAAUAUUUCUUCAUAAUUAACUAUAUUUAGUAUUUUUUUAUUCUUUUAUUAUUAAUAUUAACUAUACAGGAAGCUUCCUCAAAAAUUUGAUUUUUUCUAAGUUCAAUAAUCUCAUUUUUCAUUGUCCAGUACUCAUUAAAAAAAAAAUACACUGGACUUGAGAGACUUUGUACAUAAAAAAACAUGAACUUUACAAAAGACUUUGGGAAAGCAUUCAAAUAUAUACUAUAUACCCAUAGUUUUUUUUUCAUCUCUUUAUCAGAUUUUUGUUUCUUGACCAAUUAUUUUUAUAUAAAUAAUUCUUUCAAGCGAUGUAUGUGAUAUUUCUGUAAUGAAUGUACAUAUUUUUUUGUAUAAUUUAAUACAUUUAAUAUAUUGAGGUGAUCGAUCAAGUUUUUGCUGAAAGUUCAAUGAGGACAAUGAAAAAGAUGUUUAGAGAGACAGCAUUUUUUUUUUAUUUAAAUUUAAAUCUUUUUGAUUUUCAGCAUUAAAUUUUUAGCUGAGAUUGAACGAACUCAUAAUAUUUAGAAUAUUAAUUUAAUGAGAAAGAAUAAUGUGGCUUUAGCCAGAGAGAAACUGAGAGUACGCACGUAAUUUACGUGCGUACUCUCAGUUUCUCUCUGCUUUAGCACAAAAGUGCUUUUUAAACGGAAAAAAAAUUAAGUUAGAGUACAUAUGUGAAAUUAUUUUUAAGAAUCCAGUAUUUUGGAUUCAGUUUAUUUAGUAAGAGUUUAACAUCUUUGGUAUUCAUUGGACUUGAUGAAUACUUUAUUAGAAGCACUUUGUGUAAAUAGUACAGAAUAUCACUGUGUGUGUAUGUGUGUGUUAAAAAGUAUCAGUCUGUCAGUAUAUUGUAAGAAAUAAUUUAAGAAAUUAUUAUUAUAAAA